AUGUGUGAUGUGCACUUUAUUUUUUUACGCAGAUUUGGAGCAAAGGCAGCGCUGCUGGUCGGAUAUGAAGAGGUGAGACCGGUGACAAAGAGACUGGUAACAAGCGAACUAAGUCCAGCAGCUGGUGGCACACUGCGACAAACACACACCAGAACAGUAACUCGUGGUGAAAGACGCCUGUUUCCUGUGCGGAAUGUGACGAGAUGCUGCUCGAUAUUCUGGAAAUGGUUGUUCCCUUUGCUCGUAUUUCUACUACUCCUUCGAGCCUUCGGCAUUUCAAAUACUGGAGAAGAUGGUGUAAUUGUGAGUACAGCAAAGCUGCCUUUCAAAAUUUUGCGAGAUCUUUUUAACAUCGGUCGCUCGAUGGCUGAAAAAACGAUGGAAAGUGGCCCAAAACUUGACAGCCUUUUGUUCGGAAUUCCAAGGAUGCUCUACAGUGCUGGGGAAAGCGUAAUCGUAAAUUUUCUGGAAAUCUUCAGUAUUUUGGGUCACAGCAUCUACGGCAUACUCCGACAAUUUGCUACCAUUCCUGAAUGGCUUCUCAGUCGCUCGAUGGCUGAAAAAACGAUGGAAAGUAGCCCAAAACUUGACAGCCUUCUGUUCGGAAUUCCAAGGAUGCUCUACAGUGCUGGUAGCUCUAUGUACAGGCAAUUGUAUGAGGAUGGAAAGGGCAUGAUAAGCGUGGUGUUUGCCCUUCCACACUCUCUUCAGCGUAUAGCCCAUUACAUUCUCGGCAGUCUCGCUGACAUAAUCGCUUCAGCGUGGGGCCUGGCGCAGGCUGUUGGACAACUAAUGCUCGCCCUUCCAUCCUAUUUCAUAUCGAAAACUUACGAGUAUCGACCAUUUGCGCAUCGCGCUGAGAGUGACGUGAAAUGGGAUAUCGGCGGUGGUGGGCAGCACAGUCCGGAACAAGCUGAACUCAGUCUCGACCGACUGAGACGUGAAAAGGAAUUGCUGGAAACGAAGAUGUCGCAGUUGCGCCGUGAACGUGAGCUGGAGGAGAAUCGGUACAAAGAUAUUCAUGAAGCUAUCAGACUUGUCGGAGAAACAGCUUCGCAAGUACCAUCUGUCACCGAUGAACGAUUGCUGAAGUCGGCGGUGGUAAACGAAGAGUUGCUGCAACACAAAAUUGAAAAAGAUUUCCAAAAUUACGUGGCCAAUUUGAAGAAAACCGAAGAUGCAGAAUUAAGCAAAGUACGCACUCCACUUUUUACAAGUCCAUCAAAAAGAUAA